UUCCCAUAAUCCCUCGCGUGCGGUCUUUUCGCCAUAUUUGCGGCAGUAGUGCAGGUGAGACCACCUGAGAAGAGUGACGAUGCCAGGAAGACUGUGGAGUAAGGCCAUCUUUACGGGCUACAAGCGCGGCCUGAGGAACCAGCGCGAGCACACAGCACUCCUCAAACUGGAAGGCUGUUACAGCCGUGAUGAGGUGGACUUCUACCUCGGCAAGCGCUGCGCUUACGUCUACAAAGCCAAAAAGAACACAGUGACACCUGGUGGUAAGCCCAACAAGACCCGUGUGAUUUGGGGAAAGGUGACUCGCGCUCACGGUAACAGCGGGAUGGUUCGCGCAAAGUUCAGCAGCAACCUUCCGGCCAAAGCCAUCGGACAUCGCAUCAGAGUGAUGCUGUAUCCAUCUCGAGUGUGACGGCGCCUGAGCAGCUUGUUGUUUGUAAAUAAACAAUAAAAUGGACCCCAUUAA